AUGCGCCCUGGGGCCAGCGAGAACGAGUUCCGCCGCCAGGUGGAGCCCGGCUGGUACCCAGAGAUGGACAGCAUGUCGGCCUGCACGGAGUGGUGCAAAUCGCACGCCUCCUGCAUUCAGGCGACCUUCUCCUACGUCGGUGUGCCAGAGGGCGGCAAUCCGUGCCACCUGUUCGAGGAGCGCGGCGAGGUCUACGACUUCCGCGACGACUUCAACGCCUCGUGGUGCGGCACUCUGGAGCAGACCGACUACCUGGUUGGGGAGCUCAAGAAGGUUUUCGAGCAAAAGCCCUGGGUCGGGGACAACUUCGGUGCCGUCCCGUGUGGCUUCGGCGGCGACGACUGCCAGGAGAGCAGGUGCUGCGGCUCGCAGACGUGCACGUGGGAUUUUAGCAAGUGCGAGUACUUCAAGUGCAUCAGGAAGGACGAGAACUUCGCCGGCUGCGCUGCGGAGCCAGAGGGUGGUUGGGACGGCGAGAUCCUUGAUUACGGGCCCUCCGAUGAGGACCUCCCCGCCGUCGAGGAUGGGAAGCUGGCCCACCCGACCUCUCUAUUUUGUUUUGUGGUGAUGAUGCCUGGGGCGCGCGCCUCCGCCGGGGUGCAGGAGGACGAGGGGGCGCUGGUGGCGACUAUGAAGGAGACGUCGUCGAGCGUCUACUCUUGCGACGAGCAGCUGGUGAUCGAGGGCUGGGUGAACUCAGGCUCUGAGGCGAAUAUCGACGCUUUCAUCCAGUACUGGGGCAAGGUGAAGGAGGACGGCCGCUACAUGCUGCACGACUGGGUGAUCAAGGCCGACGCAGACUGCAUCUUCAUGGCGGACCGUGUCAAGGCCCAUAUCAAUCAGUUCAAGCCGCCCGCUGGCGCUGCCGUCUACUUCAGGAACACCGCGUUCAGGUUCAACUUCAUGGGCGCUUUCGAGAUGAUGAGCCGGGAGGGCGCCCAGGUGUUCUUCGAGAACAACUGGCAGUGCGACGCGAAGAUUGGCCAUACGGGCGGAGAGGAUUAUUGGAUGAAGCUGUGCCUUGAUACCCUGGGACUCCGCCACAUCUCGGACUACGCGUUGCUGUACGACAAGUACGCCGCGCAGAAUGAUUGCGUUGACUCUUGGGCCGCAGCCUUUCACUUCUACAAGACCCCCGAGCAGGUUAAGAGCUGCCUGAAUGGGAUCAACAGAUGA